AUGGAGAAAAUGUCAUACGCAGAAAUCAGCUUUGAUGACCAUGGACACGAGCACCAAAACGACCCUGCAGAAUCAGAGGUUUCCCUUUCGGAAAACUCUGACUUCAGAGAGCAGUAUCUUUUCAACUAUGAUAGUUUUGAUGUCAAUCUAUCCAGCCUUGACCUCAGUUUGUUUACAGUUUAUGACUUUGGAUCAGUCAACAACAGCAGUCAGAUAACACCUGCCCUUAUUUCCAGGAGCAGAAUUGUGAUACUGUCGAUCUUUGCUGUCAUUUUCCUGGUGGGGUUGAUUGGAAACGCCCUUGUCAUCUACACAGUUUCCCGUUACGUCACAAUGCGAAGAGUCACUUACUUAUACUUGCUGAAUCUGUCAGUGGCGGAUAUCUUGUAUUUGUUGGUGUGUCUACCCACACUGAGUGUCAGCUACCUGCUUGUCGACUGGAGAUUUGGGCGGCUGUUCUGUAAGUAG